UUAUAAUUAUUAUUAUAUAAAUAUUAUUAGAAUUCACUAUGAAUGCCCACAUAACACACAAUAGGUGGGGUCUUCAUGCUAAGUGUUACCCGAUACUCUCUCAGUUUUCAAUAAUGAUGGUGUAACUGUUCUUUGAAAAUGAACCCAAAAGUUACAACUUCAAUCAUAGAUGCCACAGAAUAUAACCCCCCGUAUAAGCGGUUGUGACACACAGAUGUCGUUUUAUUCACAGAGAUAGUUGUGACACAAGAAUGCACGUUGAAGAUCAUUAAAGGCGCUGAUGACAUGCUCAAUCGAGUGGUUGACGCUUUGUCUGGCAUGGGAACAAUAUAACCAGGGAACAAGAUAAGCAGAUUAGGUGGGAAGAGGUUGAAUAACCUCAGUGUCAAUCACCUCUCCAUUAAACAGAUAAAGUCGGGUGUAUCAACCAAGUCUGAACACUCGGAAAUAACACACCCUGUCAAAGUUCAUCUCUCCUGACACACUCACUGGGUCUAACCAUUUUAAUGAAAACUCUGACCUUGGAGUUAUUUUAAUUACUGCGACUUUAGCCUGUGAAUGAAUGAGCUGCAGUUGCUCUCAUAAACGUCUAAACUCUUAACUUGUCAUACCACCUUCCCUCCUUAAAGGACACCUAAAGGGUAAAGUACACAGGCUGUUGAAUCUACUGCUGGAAUGUGCUGGCUGACACUGCGAUGUAAAGGAACAACAGACUGAUACAGUCACAACCUACUGGUAUGGUACUUUACUGAAGUCAUUUCUACUGAGAGAGAAAGCUGGGAACAAUUAAGAUUUUUUAAAACUUUUUUGUGUUCAAACUUUAGUUUUUUAGUCAAUUUUUCAAGAGGAAGUGGAAGAGGAAUCUCCAAGCAAUGGACGAAGCUCCCAACAGCACCAUUCAUCCAGCUUGUUUACAGGAGCCGCCACUGGCUAUUGAUGUGAUCAAGCAGCUAGAUGUGUUUGACUUUUGUCUGUACUCCGUUCUGACCCUCAUGUCCUGCAUCUCCCUGCUGCUGUACCUGGAGCAAUGCAUCUAUAUUUAUAAAAAACUCCCCUACCCCAAGAAGACAACCAUCAUUUGGAUAAAUGGUGCAGCACCAGUCAUUGCCACCAUGUCUUGUUUUGGGAUGUGGAUCCCGAGGGCAGUCAUGUUCACGGACAUGACAUCUAACUGUUACUUUGCAGUCGUGGUGUAUAAGGUCUUAGUUCUAAUGAUCGAGGAGUUGGGAGGUAGCAAUGCUUUUCUGCAGCGGUUUUCUGGUAAAACCUUCAGGAUCAAUACAGGACCCUGCUGCUGCUGUUGCCUCUGUUUACCCCGGGUGCCCAUGUCGAGGCGAUUGCUAUUCUGGUUAAAGUUGGGUGCUCUUCAGUAUGCAAUCCUAAAGACGGUGCUCUCUGUCCUCGCCAUAGUGCUGUGGACAAAUGGCAACUUUGAUCUCUCAGAUCUAGAGAUCACUGGUACAGCCAUUUGGAUUAACCCAUUCAUCGGCGUUCUCACUAUCAUCUCCCUUUGGCCUGUUGCCAUCAUCUUCAUGAACACAAACAGCUUUCUACGCAGCCUCAAAAUAGUACCCAAGUAUGCCAUGUACCAACUAGUACUUGUAUUGAGUCAGCUUCAGACAUCAAUUAUUAACAUCCUGGCCUUGGAUGGAACCAUCGCCUGUGCCCCUCCUUUUUCUUCUCAAGCACGUGGAUCCAUGCUCAGUCAGCAGAUGAUGAUCAUGGAGAUGUUCAUCAUCACUCUGGUCAAUCGUUUUUUGUUCCGUCGUACAUAUGAGGCGCUUCCCUCUGAGACAGUUGACAAUGACCACAAUGCCAAAGCUGAGCUGCAGCCUGCUGUCAUGGAGCAUGAUGUCUAAAAAAAUGACACAGUGAUCUUUAAUUAUGUAUAAGAUAUUCUAAGUUAAGAGAUCAUCAUCACAUUGUCGAACUUUAGUCUGAACUGUUUUUAUUUGAUAAAUAAUAAGGGGAGAGAACAUCCCUAUUUAGGUAACUAUCAAAUUUCUUUGUACAUUUCACACAGCACUCAUUGAUAUUUGUUGAUAUCCGUAUCCUUCUGUAUAGGUGGGUUGGUUUCUGCUUACACAGUGAGGUGUAUGGUGUAUCCAGAGUAAAUAGGACAUUGAUUCUGGAAAGAGAUAUUGGCUGUUGAAUUGUUGAUAUGUUUUUUUUACUGCCAGUUUUCGUAGCUUUCAUAAACACUUGAAACCGAGAGAAACAGCUAACCUAGCUUUGUCCAAAGGUAACAAAACCCACCUACCAACACCUCUAAAGCUCACUAAUUAACACGUCUUAUUUGUUUAGUCUAUGCAAAAAAGUGUUAAAGUUUUAAAAUGACACAUUGUGGGUUUACAGGAGAGUUUUGUGCAGGACGUCUUCAUAAAUUUUGCACAUACAUGUACAGAACUUACCAUACAAAUGAGAGUGGUAUCAGUCGUCUCAUCUUAGUCUCAGUCUGCAAGAAAGCGAAUGUGUACUCUCAUAACAACAAACUAUUCCUUGAAGCUGAACUGGUUUAAAAAAAUAAAAAAUAUAUUGGAAACAUUUUAGUGAUAGCAUUUUCUUUUGAAACUAUGUCCAUCCAUCUCUGCUGCAAUCAUUAAUUCUGCCUGCAAUAAUAGACCAAUUUCUUUGUUCCUUUGUGCAACUGCAUACCAGUGUGAGCCUGUACCCUUAAACCUCAUACUGUGUCUUAACAUAGCCUGAAAUUAGUUCAAAGAUAGCUGACCCACUUACUCAGACUUAUUUGGGUGAAAGAAUACAUGUGGAUGAGACAGCAGCUUUAUUUUUACAGCCGUCUGCAGCCAAACUCUACCAUGUGUUGUUUCUUCAGCAACCACAAGAGG